CGGGGAGCGGUAGGGGCACUGGGCAUGCUCGGUGGCGGCGCAGGUUUGGGUCACAAGUAGGAAGCCAGUGCACGACACCGGCAAAGGAGAUCCCGAGCCGCUGCCGCAUCGCGGCCGUAGGGUCCGUGGCCGCUGCUUUGGAGCAGAGGCGGAGCGGGAGCCAGAGCUGACCAGGGGUGAGGCCGCCGAGCCGAGAACCGCCCAGCCUGCCCUCCCGUCCUCUGCUUCUGAACCCGCGCGGUGCGCCGGAUCCCUGGGUCGGUCACCUGAGCGGCAAGGACCCCCCGCGCCGGGGAUCCGGAGCGCACCGAACCCUCCCUCCGCCGCUGCGGCCCUAGGGCGCCCCCCUUGGGUCGGAGCAGCUGCCGCGCCGCAGCAGUCUUCUGCGGCAGCUGAGUGUCCGACGAGCGCCCCGCGUCCGGAGCGAGCGGCCGCCGUCAGCCCCGAGAGGGGGCGGCCAUGGGGCUGCUGUCCCAGGGCUCGCCGCUGACCUGGGAGGAGACCCAGCGCCACGCCGACCACGUGCGGCGGCACGGGAUCCUUCAGUUCCUGCACAUCUACCACGCCGUCAAGGACCGGCACAAGGACGUGCUCAAGUGGGGCGACGAGGUAGAGUACAUGUUGGUGUCUUUUGAUCAUGAAAAUAAAAAAGUCCAGUUGGUCCUGUCUGGAGAAGAAGUUCUGGAAACUCUACAAGAAAGGGGGGAAAAGACAAACCCAAACCAUCCUACCCUUUGGAGACCGGAGUACGGGAGCUACAUGAUUGAAGGCACGCCUGGACAGCCGUACGGAGGAACGAUGUCUGAGUUCAACACAGUCGAAGACAACAUGAGAAAACGUCGGAAGGAGGCAACUUCUUUAUUAGAAGAAAAUCAGGCUGUUUGCACAAUAACUUCAUUCCCUAGAUUAGGCUGUCCCGGGUUCACACUGCCCGAGUUCAAACCCAACCCGGUUGAAGGAGGAGCUUCCAAAUCCCUCUUCUUUCCUGACGAAGCAAUAAACAAGCACCCGCGCUUCAGUACCCUAACAAGGAAUAUCCGACAUCGGAGAGGGGAGAAGGUUGUCAUCAACGUACCAAUAUUUAAGGACAAGAAUACACCAUCUCCAUUCGUGGAAGCAUUUCCUGAGGAGGAGGCAGCGAAGGCUUCCAAGCCCGACCACAUUUACAUGGAUGCCAUGGGAUUUGGGAUGGGCAAUUGCUGUCUUCAGGUAACAUUCCAAGCCUGCAGCAUAUCUGAGGCCAGAUACCUCUAUGAUCAGUUGGCCACUAUCUGCCCAAUUGUUAUGGCAUUGAGUGCUGCCUCCCCUUUCUACCGAGGCUAUGUGUCAGACAUCGACUGUCGCUGGGGAGUAAUUUCUGCAUCUGUCGAUGAUAGAACUCGGGAGGAGAGAGGACUGGAGCCCCUGAAGAACAAUAACUAUAGGAUUAGUAAGUCACGAUACGAUUCAAUAGACAGCUAUUUAUCUGAGUGUGGGGAGAAAUAUAAUGACAUCGACUUGACGAUAGAUAAAAAAAUCUACCAACAACUGUUGCAGGAAGGCAUUGAUCAUCUCCUGGCCCAGCAUGUUGCUCAUCUCUUCAUUAGAGACCCACUGACUCUGUUUGAAGAGAAGAUACACCUGGACGAUGCCAAUGAGUCUGACCACUUUGAGAAUAUUCAGUCCACAAAUUGGCAGACCAUGAGAUUUAAGCCUCCUCCUCCAAACUCUGAUAUUGGAUGGAGAGUAGAAUUCCGACCCAUGGAGGUUCAGCUAACAGACUUCGAGAACUCUGCGUAUGUGGUGUUCGUGGUGCUGCUUACCAGAGUGAUCCUUUCGUACAAACUGGAUUUUCUCAUUCCGCUGUCAAAGGUUGAUGAAAACAUGAAAGUUGCACAGAAACGAGAUGCUGUCUUGCAAGAAAGAUUUUAUUUCAGGAAAGAUAUUUGCAAAGGUGGCAACGCUGUGGUGGACGGCUGUGGUAAGGGCCAGAGCAGCCCGGAGCUGGCCGCAGAGUGCACCCUGAUGAGCAUAGACACCAUCAUCAACGGGAAGGAAGGUGUGUUUCCUGGGCUAAUCCCGAUUCUGAACUCUUACCUUGAAAGCAUGGAAGUGGAUGUGGACACCAGAUGCAGCAUCCUGAACUACCUAAAGCUGAUUAAGAAGAGAGCAUCUGGAGAACUAAUGACAGUUGCCAGAUGGAUGAGGGAGUUUAUUGCAAACCAUCCUGACUACAAGCAAGACAGUGUAAUAACUGAUGAAAUAAACUAUAGCCUUAUAUUAAAGUGUAACCAGAUUGCUAAUGAAUUAUGUGAAUGCCCCGAGUUACUAGGACCAGCAUUUAGGAAAGUAAAAUACGGCGGGAGUAAAAGUGACUCUUCUAGCUAGACGUGCGGCGGAAGGCGAGCGCGUGGCUCUCCCAGCGAGGAGCCGCCUGCAGCCCCCUCUGCCCUCGUGUGUAGCAUGAAGACCAAAUGACAGCUCUGGGCCAGGUAGACAGCACGGGGCUUAGAGGUUUUCCUUCAGUAGGUAAAUCUAGAGUUUAUACAGUGUACAUACACAUAGUAAAGUAUUUUUAUGAUUUACAAUGUAUUUUAAUAACAUUAGAUCUGAGGUCAUGAACUGGCUUGUACAUUUUUGUGAUUCUUACUCUGGAACAAGUACUGUCUGAACAGUUCUGCAAAUGUCCUGUACCGGUAAUUGUACUAUACUGCAUUCCAGAGUUUAAAAUGUUUACUGUAAAUUUGGGGGGUUUUUAAAGACUUUACUUAGGGCCUGAUUCACUGUACAAACAGUUGUUGCGUCCUCCCCUUUGUCAUAUACGUGGAGUCACUCUCGAAUCCACUAAAGUGCUUCAAAGGUAAUUUUGGAUUUUGGCAGCUUAUCUGUGGUGUUUCUUUCCUAAUUUGAAUGGCUAACCACUUGGUCACCUUGCCCCAAACUUUCAUCCCUAAAUAAAAACCCACUGAACUAAAGGCUGUUACGUGUAUUUGUUAAAAUUUGCUGUUCAGGCAUUAAAAACAACUUACAGGAAGCCAAGGAGACUAUUACCCCAAGUUUACACGUAGUGAUUAUUGGGGUGAAUUUUGUUGAAUGAAAACAAGAAUCAUUUCUCUUCCUUAUUAUGCCAGGAAUAAUGUCCAAAAUGGCACCAAAUUUGCUCUUCUGUGUGGCCGUUCAGUCUGAUGGCUGCUAUAUACUUACAUUUUCAAAUCAAAUGCAGUAGCUGCAGUUCUGUGUGGUUACUUUUUCUCUAGCUUGCAGUCAGCAUAUCAACAGACAUUCUCAAAAAGCCAUCCACCCUUGAUUUUACCCCAGGGAAUAUUCUACAUGCUGCUUACCUUCUCUCUGAAACUCAAGUAAAUCAUGAUAUGUACAAAGUUUUGUGAAUCAGGACCCUAAAUGUUUAAUUGUAAAUAAUUUAUCGUAAUUGUUGUUAGAGCUUUUUGUUGAAGGCUUCUUUUCCCCAAUUGAAAGUCUUAACUGCUUCUGAAAUAACUGUAUAGUCGAUGAUGCAAACCUUUACAGGCAUAAAUAUUUCAGCUAUAAUGCUAAUUUUAAGAAAUUGUGAUAAAGCUGCUUCAAAGCCUGUUUAUGUAUAAAUAGUAGGGUUUGUGCUCUAUUUUAUACAUGCAUUUUAGAGGAUUAAAGAAUGCCUGUUUUUCAUUUGCAGUUUGCUUGUAUAAAUCAGGUUGUACAAAGGCGGCAGAUAAACUGUUUGUGGUAUGAGGAAAUAAAAGAAUGGAAUUAGCA